CGUGGGAGCCCACUAGCAUGCCUCUCUCUGUUCUUCAUCGAUAUCAUAUUGUCUUCAGAUUGUUAUAACGUCCAAUUUGUCUGUAUAAAUACAUUCCAUCUCACACAGAACAAACACAAAGGGGCGUAGAUUUCUCUUCGUUUACUUUGGUGCUUAUUGGGAAGGGCAUAUUUGUGUGCCUUAUGUCUCAACAACACUGGCAAUUUCUUAACAAUGGCGGCGGCGGCGGCCUUUGGGGCCAAUAUAAUGACACCACUUUCACCAAAAUCUUCGUUGGAGGGUUGGCUUGGGACACUCAGAGACAUACCUUGAAAAGGUAUUUUGAACAAUUUGGUGAAAUUUUGGAAGCUGUUAUUAUUACUGAUAAAACCACCGGCAGAUCCAAGGGUUAUGGCUUUGUCACAUUUAAGGAUCCUGAUUCUGCCAUUAGAGCUUCUCAAAACCCUUCCCCUGUUAUCGAUGGUAGAACGGCUAAUUGCAAUCUCGCUUCUCAACAUGGUGUUGUUGGAAGAUUUAGAGAUUCAUCUGGGAUUGUGACCCCCCAUGCUUAUCAUAUCCCUUCAUCAUCUUAUAUCCAUCAGCCCACUACUCAAUACUCAUACCCUCUUUCAGGAUAUGGGUUUGCUGGAUAUUCACAAGACAUAAUCCAUCCAUUGAACUAUUAUGGUGCUUACAGGGGCCAACAAUUUUCACCUUAUUACUCUGCAAAUGGGAUUUCAGAUCAGGCUAGAAUGUUUCAAAAUCUCUAUCCAUAUUAUGCUCAAAGUAGCCAGGGGUACGCGUUUGGAAUUCAGUAUCCACACCUAAUACAGUACCCGUAUCUUCAUCAGCAGCACGGUUUGAUCGAUAUCCUAUCGCUUCCUGGCUCGAACGCAACAAGAGCAGGUACAACAGCAACACCGACAUGGGCAGUCGGAUCUGGACCUUCACAAGCUUCUUUUGCAAUAGCUUCUGAACCGAAGUCUUCGAGUUAACCGCAUAGACAAAGCUUGAAAAACACGUCGAGGGAACACUCAAGAACAAUGGCAAGUUUGUAAGUUGUGUGAUUCGAUAUGAAGGAUGGGAAAACGACAUUCAUGUUCCAGCACGGUCGAGUUGUCUGUUUAACUCGGUAACAAGCGUUCCAGAGAAGGUACAAAGUUGCAUCAGUAACAUCAUAUCCAUGUCUAACAACAUUAUAUAUGUCUGGAGUCUGUAAGUAGUUUGUUAGAAUUAGGUGAAGAAUUUGAUUGAUUCAUGUAUUCAACGAAAGACGGGAAACCGAAAGAAGGCUUUGGGUUCCCGUCUUUCGUUCGGAUUGCAAUGAGACGAUCGUGCCUGGGAAGCGGAGAGCAUCCUAUGCCACGCUCGUUAACAGUGAAUUGGUCAAGAAGGAAAGGGAGUAUCAGUUGGUUUGUUUUGGACUUUAUGGGAAUCCAAAGCCUCCAAGUUGUUGAUUGUGUUACCUUUUUAGCUUUUAUUAAUAUAAUUUUUUGGGGGUUUGUGGCAUAAAGUUAGCCAAGGCAUGAUUCCUGCUUGGGAGAG